AUGACAAGAAGGAAAGAUCUCAGCGGGGCCGAACGACAAGCCAUUGCUUUGUUUCUUCUUCAAAACUCAUCAAAUGGGAAGCUUCACUAUGGGACGGCCAAGGCAGCCACGGAGAAAUGGGGAUGCUGUCGGAGUUCUAUCGCCCGUUUGUGGAAGGCUGCAAAAGACGAACAUGCACAAGGUCAGUUGGUCACCGUUCAAAGCAAAAAAAUCAGUAAGAGUCAAAGGAAAAGAGUGCACAUAGAUUUGGAACUCAUUUCAAGUCUUGAAUUGCACAAAAGGGGUACAAUUCGAAGGCUUGCAACUGGCAUAAACUGCUCAAAGAGCACAGUUGGUAGAUGGAUAUCAAAGGGGCUGAUCAGACCUCAUUCUAGUGCCAUUCGACCAGAUUUAACAGCCCCCAACAAGUUAUUACGGCUGCGGUUCUCUCUACAACAAGUUGUGUAUGACAGAAUAUGCAAUGUCCUCAAGUUCAAUAACAUGCACAAUGUUAUUCAUGCUGAUGAGAAGUGGUUCUACAUGAGCAAAGUAAAUCACAAAUUUUACUUGACUCCAGCAGAAAUCGACCCACACCGCACAUGUAAAAGUAAAAAGUUCAUCAAAAAGAUUAUGUUCCUAUGUGCAGUGUGUAGGCCGUUAUUUGAUGAAGAUGGAAGUGUAUUAUUCGAUGGGAAGAUAGAGAUUUUCCCGUUCACUGAGAUGGUACCAGCGAAGCGAGAAUCAAAGAACCGGGAGGCUGGAACCUUAGAAGAGAAGCCAAUUCAGUCCAUCACUAAACAAGUGAUGAAAGACAUGUACAUCUACAAGCUUAUACCUGCAAUCAUGGCCAAGUGGCCCCAAUUUGCAAGCAAAACUAUAUACAUACAGCAAGAUAAUGCUAAGCCCCAUAUAAAAGAUGAUGAUCCUGAUUUUAGAGCAGCUGCAAGUGCAAAUGGAUUUGAUAUUCGAAUUAUUCAUCAACCUCCAAAUAGUCCAGACACCAACAUCAAUGAUUUAGGUUGGUUUAGGGCUAUUCAAAGCUUGCAAGUGCAGGCAGUUAGCUCAAAUGAAACUGAACUAGUGCAGGCAGUGCAGAAAUCAUCAGGGUAUGGACGACGCGACUACGAUCAUGUUGAAUCUCUCUGA